CCGGCUCCUCUCUCUCCUGCGCCGUUUCUCCGUGCGCGCCCCCGCGCAGAGACAGGCUUCGGGGAGCUCGGGGAGCACACGAGCGGCAGCGGGGGAGAGCGAAAGAUGGAGGUGAGGGUCGGGGAGAGACUCCUGUGCCUGGCCGUGCUGUCCAGCGUCCUCUGCGUGGACUCGGUCCUCGGGAAAUACGUCAGAGGAAUCGUCAACACCAAAGAGGACUGGGUUUUCCUCACACGCUUCUGCUUUCUCACCGACUUCGGCCGCUUGGACUUCCGGUUUCGUUAUCCAAAGUCUCGCUGCUGUCAGAACAUAUUGCUCUACUUUGAUGACAGCUCUCAGUGGCCAGCUGUGUACAAAAGGCCCGAAAAGAACUGCUACCAGAAGGAAGCAGUGCUGAGGCCUGAAAACAACCAGGUCAUCAACCUGACAACCCGCUACACCUGGUCAGGAUGUGUGGUGGAGGGCGACGGGAACGACGAGGUCCUGAGCUGCGUGGGCGGCCGCAGCUUCCGCUCAGUGAGGGAGAGGUGGUGGUACAUCGCUCUCAGCAAGUGCGGGGGCGAUGGCUUGCAGCUGGAGUACGAGAUGAAGCUGACCAACGGCCAGUCCUUCUGGACGCAGCAUUUCUCUGCAGAUGAAUUCGGCAUCUUGGAGACGGACAUCACCUUCCUGGUCAUCUUCUCCAUGGUGUUCCUCCUCUCCUGUUACUUUGCCUACAAUUUGAAGGGAAGACAGCUUCUUCACACCACCUACAAAAUGUUUAUGACUGCUGCAGGUGUGGAGGUGCUCAGCCUGUUGUUCCAUUGUGUCUUCUGGGGCCUGUACGCUCGAGAUGGAGUUGGCACCGGCAGCCUGAAAAUACUAGGGAAAUUACUGUUCUCCGUCAGUUUUCUGGUGUUCCUUCUGAUGCUCAUAUUGUUGGGCAAAGGUUUCACUGUCACCAGGGCGAGGAUCAGCCACAGCGGGUCUGUUAAGCUGAGUAUCUACAUGACCGUCUACACCAUCACCUACGUCAUCCUGUUCAUCUACGAGGCAGAGUUCUUUGACCCGGGUGAAGUCCUGUACGCCUACGACAGCCCGGCCGGCUACGGACUGAUGGGCCUGCAGCUGGUUGCCUACGUGUGGUUCUGCUACGCCGUGCUGGUCUCUCUGAAACACUACCCCAAAAGCAGCCCGUUCUACGUCCCUUUCUUCACCACGUACACACUGUGGUUUUUUGCCGUCCCCGUUAUGGCUCUGAUCGCCAACUUUGGGAUUCCUCGUUGGGCUCGUGAGAAGAUUGUCAACGGCAUUCAGCUGGGCAUCCACCUCUACGCUCACAUCGUCUUCCUGGUUAUUACGCGACCGUCGGCAGCCAAUAAGAACUUCCCGUAUCAUGUCCGGACGUCCCAGAUCGGGAUUCUGCUCUCCAGUCCUAAAGGAGGCGAGGGGGGAGAGAGUUUCCCCCAUCAUGCAUAUGGAAAUAGCUCUUUCCUGGGGGAUUCUCAGCCCAACUUCACUGAACUUUUCUCCAUCCAGUCGGAUCCGGUGAAGACGGUGGAGGAGACGGUGGCCCGUAAAGGACCGGAGGUCCCAAGGAACAGCGAGCAGAAGAUCAUCACCACCGCCGCCGACCUGACCUCCAUACUGCCCCCGCCCCCGCCCCCGAUACCCCCGCGCCCGGCCGCGCGCUCCCCGCCGCUGCCGCCGCGGCUCCCAUCCUUCACCGAGUACUUCAGCAUGCAGGGCGGAGGGGGAGCGGCGUUCGGCACCAAGGCGUGAGGAAGGAGAGACGGACGGGGGGACAGGAGGAGUCGGGGCGACGGCGUCGGACAGAAUGACAAUACAAAGAGCAGAGAAACGGAGAAACGGGAUUCCACUUGUUCAAAGACUCAAAGGUCAGCCAAAAAA